AUGAAAGGAAGAGCAAAUCCAAAGAAUGUUAAACCAACAAGUGGUAAAAAAGUUACAAAAAAGUUAGAUAAAGGUGGAAAAGGAAAUAAUAAACAACAAAAAUUAAAACAACAACAACAAAAACAACAACAACAAUUACCAAAAACCAAUAACCCAAUUUUACAUGCACAACAACAACAAAUUAAAAAAGAUUAUCAACAUAGACCAAUUAAUAUAAAGAAAAAACAUGCAAAUGAUUAUAGUAGAGUAAAUUCAGAUGAACGUUUAGAAGAUGUAGAUGAUAUUUCAUAUGAAGAGUAUAGACAAUCUGAAAUCAAUACAAAGUUACGUGUUAAAGAUCAUGUUUUCGAAGGUGGUGAUGAAUUUGAUAAUUUUGAUAUUUUAAAUUCAGAUGAUGAUUGCUUUGGUGAUAAUAUUUUUGAAUUUGAUACAGCAGAUUAUGGAAGUACUGAUUUCUUAUCAGAUGAUCAAAUCUCUCAAUUUAAAAGACAAUUAAAAAAAGAUAAUAUUUCAAAAGAGUAUCAUUUAAAAGAUCAAAAUGAUAAUAAUAAUAAUAAAAAUAAAAAAAAGAAUAAAAAUAAUAAUGAUGAUGAAGACGAUGAUGAAGAUGAUGAAAAUAAUAAUAAAAAUCAAACUAAAUUAUCAAAAAAAGAAAAAGAAAGAAUUAAACAAGAGAAAAGAUUACAAGAAGCUAAAGAAAUUCAAUUUAAAGAAUUACCACCAAUAAAGAAAAGAUAUUGGAAAGAUACAAUGAAACAGUUGACAAGUGAAGAUCAUCGUGAAAUGCGUAUUAAAAUCAAAGCAAAUGUUAGUACAAGUUUCGAUGGUCAAGAGAUACCAAGACCAAUAAUAACAUUUGAAGAUCAAGAUUUACCAUUGUCAAUGAAAAAGUUUAUUGGAUUUCUUACAACUAAAUAUCCAUCGAUUACAGCACCAACACCAGUUCAAUCACAAUGUUGGCCAGGUAUUUUAAGUGGUCAAGAUAUUUUAUCGAUUGCUCAAACUGGUUCAGGUAAAACAUUGGGUUACCUAUUACCAGCGAUUCCAAACAUUUUAGAACAUUUACGUCAAAGGAAAAUCAGACGUCAACAAAUGACAAUGCAAGAGAAAUUAGAGAAUAAAAAGAAAUCAAAGUUAUUAAAAAAUACAAAUAUGGGACCAAUGGUGUUAAUUAUCGUACCAACUAGAGAAUUGGCAAAACAAGUCGAAUCAUCAUGUAAACCAUUGCGUUCAAAGUUUAACAUUCAUUCAAUCGCUAUCUAUGGUGGUGUUGAUGCAAAUGAACAAAAAGAUAUUCUAGGUCAAGAACAUAAUGAAAUCAUCAUUGCAACACCGGGUCGUUUGGUUGAUUUAAUUCAAAGAUCAAAGGAAGUCGUUGGUUUAUUGGGUGGUGUUGGUAUGUUAAUUCUUGAUGAAGCCGAUAGAAUGUUACAAUUGGGUUUCGGUGAUCAACUUCAAAAGAUCUCUGAACAAAUUCGUCCAGAUCGUCAAACUCUUAUGUUUUCUGCAACUUUUCCACAAACUAUGCAAGAUGCCGCCAAAAAAUGGUUAACAAAUCCAUUGAAAAUUAGAGUUAAAUCAAGUUCAACCAAUCAAGGUAGCACCUCAAUCAUCUCUAAAAAUGUUAAACAAGUGGUUAAACCAAUCGCUGAAAAAGAGAAAUCAAAAUAUUUAACAACUUUCAUAAACUCAAUUAUGAAGAAAGAACUAUUACUUAGAAAUAGAAGUUUAAUUUUAAUCUUUGUAAAUACUAUUAAAUCGGUUAAACCAAUCCUAACUGUAAUCGAGAAAAUGUGUGACCAAUUUCGUGAAAGAAAAUAUAAAUGUGGUGCAAUUCAUGGUGAUAUGAAACAAUUUGAAAGAGAUUCAGUCAUUGAUAACUUUAAAUCUGGUAAAAUCUCAAUUUUGGUUGCAACUGAUAUCCUUGGUAGAGGUAUUCAUAUUGGUGGUAAUCUUAGAUUCGUCAUAAACUAUGAUUUCCCAUCAUCCUUGGAACAAUAUGUACAUAGAGUUGGUAGAACUGGUAGACAAGGUAAUAAAGGUCAUGCUUUAACUCUAUUCACUGAUACUCCACAAAAUACUCCAAUGGCAAGAGGUUUAAUUAAAAUUUUAGAAGAAUGUAAACAACAAAUCUCUCCUGAUUUAAUUAAAUUGGCUGAUAAUUUUAAUGGUAUAGUUUCAAAUGAAUUUGAUUCCAUUAAAAAAUUAUUAGUAAAUCAAGAGGAUCAAGAUGAUGAAGAAGAAAAUGUUGAUCAAGAAAUGAAUGAUAUUAAUCAAAAUGAUGAUGAUGAUGAAAAUAAUAAUUUUAAUUCUGAUGAUUCGGAUAGAGAUUAA